UUACAGAAGUUGCCUGAAUUCACAAAAGCUUAAACUAUGAGGCUUUGUUAACGAUAAUUAUUCAUCCAUGAUUCCUCAAUUUUGUUUCUCAAACAGAUUGUAAAUUUUUUUAGAUGGAUUCCAAUUAUCAAGCUGACAGCUUCUGUGAGGGACUGCGAGGCAUUAAGGUAUUUGUAUUCCUAUUAUUCACUGGUUUCUCCAAACCUCCACGUGAGUUCCUAACUAUCUUCAUAUACUUCGUUUGGGAGAUACGUGAACGGAGCUCCUUUGACUUUAAAAGAUACUAUAUUAUUCGCUCAAAAUGGUAUUUGACAACUUUUAAUGAAGGGCACGCAUAUAGACCCUAUAUGCGUUUACGGGGCACAGCCAAUGUCAAGUUUAUACUACGGGCUGAAAAUCUACUCAUUUUACAAGCUCUAGGUAAUGCACCACGAAAAGCAAAACAUUGGGCUUUCAUAUCGUUGAGUAGAAAGAAGCAUACUCCAAAUAUCUUGAAAUUUCUGCUAAACACUUGCGAUUUGGAUUGCAACAUAUCUUUAGGUAUUAAAAGAAAAUCAAAAACCAUAGGUAGGUCCUGAAAGCUAUGCACUCAUACCAGAAUAGAAAAUGUUGAAUUUA